AUGGAGCCGAGUGAGCUCUCUGCUGUGAUUAGUGGGGAGCCGGUGCCCUGUGUGCCCUGGGACGUCCCGAGCCCAGCACCGGGGCACCACAGCGGGGGGAGGGGGUGGUGUGGGGGACAUAUGGGUGCAUUGGAGUGGCUCUGCUGCUGUCUGCCCUCUGGCCCUUCAGUUACAGACGACCUGGUUUACUCCAGGCGCUACAGUUUCCUCCAGGCACUCCGGUUUCCACCACACGGUCCAGUUUCCUCCAGGCGCACGGGUUUCCUCCAGGCGUCCAGUUUCCUCCAGGCGCUACGAUUUCCUCCAGGCACUCGAGUUUCCUCCAGGCGCUCCGGUUUCCUCCAGGUGCUCCGGUUUCCUUCAGGCGCUCCAGUUUCCUCCAGGCGCUCCGGUGUCCUCCAGGCGCUCCGGUGUCCUCCAGGCGCUCCGGCUUCCUCCAGGCGCUCCGGUGUCCUCCAGGCACUCAGGUGUCCUCCAGGCGCUCCGGUGUCCUCCAGGCGCUCAGGUGUCCUCCAGGCGCUCCGGUGUCCUCCAGGCGUCCAGUUUACUCCAGGCACUCAGGUGUCCUCCAGGCACUCAGGUGUCCUCCAGGCGCUCCGGUGUCCUCCAGGCGCUCAGGUGUCCUCCAGGCGCUCCGGUGUCCUCCAGGCGUCCAGUUUACUCCAGGCACUCAGGUGUCCUCCAGGCACUCAGGUGUCCUCCAGGCGCUCCGGUUUUCUCCAGGUGCUCCGGUUUCCUCCAGGCGCUCCAGUUUCCUCCAGGCGCUCCGGUGUCCUCCAGGCGCUACUGUUUCCUCCAAAAUAUUUGAAUUAA